AUGGCGAAACUGGAAGGAAGAAGAAGAAGAGUAGAAGGUUCGGCAAAUUUUAGUAAUUUUGAAAUUUUGCUGCGCAAAGGACACAUGAAUAUGAAGACACUCAUGAAGGGUGACAACAAUGUUGGUCCAAAGUUGAUCAAUUCUAGCAGUGAACAAGUUAAAGGGGAAUGUGUAACCAAGAGAAGAGAGCUCCUAUUACAGGCAGGCUUUGUUGCACUUUCUCUGUCCACCUUUACAUCGAUUGCAUUGGCAGAGAACGAUGUCUUGGAGGAUUUUCGUGUUUAUUCAGAUGAUGUCAACAAGUUUAAGAUCACGAUACCUAGUGAUUGGCAAAUAGGCACGGGAGAAGGUGAUGGAGUAAGGUCACUCAUAGCUUUCUAUCCUCGAGAAGCUUCUAACUCAAAUGUCAGCAUUGUAAUCACAAGCCUUGGUGUUGAUUUCACCAAGUUGGAAUCUUUCGGAAAAGUUGAUGCUUUUGCCGAGAAUCUGGUCAGUGGAUUAGAUAGAAGCUGGCAAAGGCCUCUGGGAGUGAAAGCAAAACUCAUAGAUAGCAAAGCUUCUAAAGGGUUGUAUUACAUCGAGUACACUCUGCAAAAUCCCGGUGAAAGUCCCAGACAUCUAUUUUCAGUGCUUGAGAUAGCAGACAAUGGGAUUAACAACAGACUGUAUACUCUCACUGGACAGUUUGUAGACGAGGAGGAAGAGAAAUAUGGUGCCAAAAUACAGAAGGCUGUUUCGUCUUUCAGAUUAAUAUGA